ACUGGGGAGAGGCCCUUCCCUUGCUCUGAAUGUGGGAAGGCCUUCAGAAAAUCCUCGGACCUGCUGAAGCACCAGCGGGUCCACAGAGGGGAGAGGCCAUUCAGCUGCCCUGAGUGCAGGAAGGCCUUCAGUGAUUCCUCUACCCUGCUGAGGCACCAGUGGGUCCACACCGGGAAAAGACCGUACUCGUGCCCUGAGUGCAGGAAGGGCUUCACCCGCUCUUCUGCUCUGCUGACCCAUCUGCGGGUCCACACGGGUGAGAAGCCCUUCAGCUGCCCCGAGUGUGGGAUGGCCUUCAGCAGGUCUUCCCACCUGCUGAGGCACCAGCGGGUCCACACUGGGGAGAGGCCUUUCUCCUGCCUCCAGUGCGGAAAGUGCUUUACCCAGCCCUCCAACCUGCUGACCCAUCAGCGGAUCCACACCUCCGAGAGACCGUUCUCCUGCCUCGAGUGCGGGAACGGUUUUGCUGUUUCCUCUCACCUCGUGGCCCACCGGCGGGUCCACACAGGGGAGAGGCCAUUCAGUUGUCCCGAGUGCGGGAAGGCCUACAGCAAUUCCUCUGCCCUGCUUCGGCACCAGCGCGUCCACACCAGAGAGAAGCCGUCCUCCUGCCCCGAGUGCGGGAAGGGCUUUACCCGCUCCUCCACACUCCUGACCCACCGGCGGGUCCACACAGGGGAGA